CCCACCGAGAAAAAUGUCCCGAUGUAACCCGCGCCUAUGACGGCUUUGACAAGUUUAUAUGCGAAUGUCUUGAAAUUCCCUCAAUCACCAUAACAACAUCAGUGACAGCGCAACAUAUUUCUUUUUCAACGUGGUACAAAUGACUGGGAAAAGGGUACUGGUUGUUGCCGGGUCGGAUAGUUCUGGCGGAGCGGGCCUGGAGGCAGACCAGAAGACAUUGGCUGCACAUGGAUGCUAUGCCAUGACAGCGACGGCAGCUCUUACGGCGCAAAACACUCAAGGUGUCUUUGCUGUGCAUCAUGUGCCAUCCAAGUUCGUGCGCAAGCAAAUAGACUUGUGCUUCGACGAUGUCGGUGUUGAUGUGGUUAAGACGGGAAUGCUGGCCGUUGCGGAGACGAUAAAAGAGCUUGCUGAGGCCCUGACAAGUCGAAACUUUGACGGGAAGCUUGUUGUUGAUCCUGUCAUGGUUGCAACAACCGGUGCCAAGCUACUCCCCGUGGAGGCCGUUACCGAGCUCGUCAAGCACCUGAUACCGCUAACCACCGUGCUCACCCCCAAUGUCCCAGAGGCAAGCCUCCUUUUGACCACGGCGGGGUUCGAGCAGCCCGCCAUCAAGAACGUGACGGACCUCGAAACCAUCGGCCGCAAUCUGCUUACCCUGGGACCGCAGUGGGUUCUCGUAAAGGGAGGCCACUCGCCCCUGCGCCAGGACUACAGCGUCGCCGAGAAGCCGGAGGAGCGUCAGAUCAUGGUCGAUGUGCUUGUCGGUGCCGAUGGGCAGGUCUUUAGGAUCGAGUCUGGGUUCCAGGACUCCAAGAACACGCAUGGCACCGGGUGCACGCUGGCUUCUGCCAUCGCGGCGAACCUAUCCAUCGGUAUGGAUGUACUGGGGUCAGUCAAGGCAGCUUGCCGGUAUGUCCAGGCUGCUCUCAAGGCUGCUCCUGGAUUGGGACAGGGUAACGGACCGCUGGGGCAUUUUCAUUCGCUGUCCAUACGUCCGUUUGCGCCGGGCAACUUUAUCGAAUACGUCCUAGAACGGCCUGAUGUUGCGCCGAUCUGGGAGCGCUAUAUCAAGCACCCGUUCGUACUAGGCCUUGGUGAUGGCACCUUGCCGCUGUCGUCCUUCAAAUCAUAUCUUGUCCAGGAUUAUCUCUACCUGAUACAGUUUGCAAGGGCAAACGCUCUUGCUUCCUACAAGUCAAAGAACCUGGCAGACAUCUCUGCAGCUGCAGCCAUAGUGCUACAUAUUGAUAGGGAGACGCAGCUACAUCUGGACUACUGCAAGGGGUUUGGGCUCACAAAGGAGGAGAUGGAACAAAGUGAGGAGCAUGUUGCUUGCACUGCAUACAGCAGAUACGUCUUGGAUGUCGGACAGUCGUCAGACUAUGUAGCCCUGCAAAUGGCUCUUGCGCCCUGUCUGUUGGGCUACGGCGCUAUCGCAAAACAUCUCCAUGCAGACCCGAAAUCCAAGAGAGACGGAAGCCCGUACUGGACCUGGAUCCAGAACUAUGUCGCCGACGACUACGUGCAGGCAGUCAAGACAGGCUCCGAAUUGUUGGAACGCCAUGCGAUGCUCCAAUCACCGUCCAGAAUCAACGAGCUUGUCGAAGUGUUUAAGCAUGCCACCAAGAUGGAGAUUGCAUUCUGGGAGAUGUUCCCCGUCGCUUGAAACAAGCAUAGCAGCUGGUGGCGCAUCAUCUUUUCUUUGAGUUGGAAAUAGGAUCAACUUGUCAUUUAAAUGUCAACAGAGGUAGGUAGUGGGCAGGGUACCACCUGUGAGACUCCCAAGGGUUCAGGACCCAAAAAUGUAACGACAAUCCGACCCACAGUUGACGCCUUUGAACGCGUUUUGCGCUGAGGCGACAAAGGCAGGAGAACCCCACACAUGUGGGCGACCGUGACUGGCCAGCUCGAGUUGAUUGUGGGCCUUUGAUAGCGAUAGGAACCCGACAAUCGCCUUCCUGAACAAAAAAAAAGUUUUCUUGACGUUUGCCUGCCUCUUGUUCCUCCCCUCCAUCACAAUCUUGUCAAUUUCAUUCCCUCAAACCGAUACCAUCAUAGACGCAUCCUGUCUAAAAAGCUUGGUACUUGGGAAUUGACGACGCUUUUUGCAACCUUCAUUUAAUCGUCCC